AAUUCUGUCAUCCCAAAUUCGAUCAGAUAGGGUCUCCAGGGUGACUAGGUUCCACAUCAGGGAUAAGCACUUUUACUACUUCAGAAGUCUCUCAGUAAGGUCCAUUUAACUCCCAUUUCCAAUACUCUUCUUUGUUAGAUAACAAUGGAAAUGGUUACAAGAAUGGUUGCAGACAGGCCAGUGGUGAUAUUCAGCCGGACCACUUGUUGCAUGAGCCACACCAUCAAGACUCUGAUAAGUGGACUUGGAGCUAACCCGACCGUGUACGAGCUCGACGAAGUUCCGUAUGGGGGACAGAUUGAAAGAGCACUGCAGCAGAUGGGGUGCAAGCCUAGUGUACCGGUUGUGUUCAUAGGCCAGCAGCUCAUUGAGGGUCCUAACCAAGUCAUGUCCCUCCAAGUGAAGAACCAGCUUGUGCCAUUGCUCAUAAGGGCUGCUGCUAUAUGGCUUUGAAACCUCAAAAAUAAUUUCCUAAUCAAGUAAUUCUCUACUUUUGAGCAAAGGUCUGAAUUUGUGUAUGCUUGAACCAGGUUUUAUGGCAACCAGCAGCCACAAAGAAUGGAAUUACAAAUAAUAUUUAAAAUUCAAAA